AUGUCGAGUUGGCGUGGAAGGGCGUCCACCGUAGUGCGGUCCGGUGACAACAUCAUCCAAGGAAAAACAAUGGGACUAGACGACAUUGACGAGUGCGCUCCACCGUAUCAAGGUACGCUUGUUACGGGUGAGUGGGGAGAGGUCCUCAAGGGAAAAUCCGUCAAUAAGGGCAACGGUAGUGGUGGUCCUUCUGCACCGGUGCAAUUUGGUGAUUUAUUUGGUGGCCCUGUUUUUUCGAACAGCACGAACGUGGUGUCAUCGGGUAGUGGUGUUGUCGGCGGCGUGAGGCUUGGUUCCAGCUCACCGUGCCACGAGUCGUCAGAUCCGUGGGCCUGGACCUCCAGCACAUCCCAGCAACAAGACCAUCAACAAAGGCCACACACCCUCGAAAAUAAUAUAUCCGCCGCAUCUAAUGAUCCUCUUGAUACGUUCUUUACUACUUCUGUUCCCAGUGCGCAGCCACCAACGUCGGUGAUACAAACUCAAAAUUCACCGAAGAAUCUCUUUGACUUUUCUCAACCGGCGGUGCGCGUCCGACACUCGGAUGAGCAUUCCCUCCUGGAGGCGUUUGAAAACCAAAGCAAAGGACGAAGGGCAGAUGUGCGUGACGGUCCGUCUCUGGCUGUCCUUAGUCAGGGUUCCUCCAACAAUGUGGUGAAAGCGCGUUUGUUGAAAAUAAUGAAUUACUACGAUAUCUUGGGUGUCACCCGCGACGCCACGGAGCAGCAAAUACGGCAGAAGUACAAGCGAAAGGCACUAGAACUUCAUCCUGAUCGUGCGGGUCGCAACCAAACACCAGAGGAGAUGGAACUAUUUAAAGUAAUGACAAAAGCACAAGAGGUUUUGUGCGAUGCGGAGGAGCGCGCGAAAUAUGACGAGGAGUUGCGAUGUUCCAACGUCUGUGAGAGUGACGAGGCGCGGUGGCUUUUUCACUUACGCCCACAGUGA